AUGAAGGGUCCCCGAGCAUUCAAGAACGAAGGACCGUCGGAGUUGUUCCUGGCGAGUUUGUUUACUCAUCAGAACGGCCGAUUGGAGCUGACGAAUGUUGCUGAGGAUGAGAAGUUAGAAUCUCGUGACUUGACUCUACAAAUAGACGACCGCUUUCUUACUGUGCCCGUGCAGGCCUACUACCCAAUGGAUUGUGCCGAACGACCGAGGUUUGCGGAAGACGUUCUCAAUGCUGCGGUCAAGAUUUCUAUCGGUCAUACUACCCUCACCGACCUAGUUACUUUGAAGCAGUGGAUUAGACCCCUAGUCCUUGCUGUGAACAAACAAGCAGUAGCCGCCGGCGCUGACUUAACCGACGAGAAUCGCCCCGUGCGAAUGGAAGCAGUGGCCAGGUGCUUCGGUGAUCGAAGUGAAGGUAGUUUGAUCACCAAGUUGCAAAAGACGGCCGAACCGAAGGACUGGGAUCUACACACCAAGCGCCAUCGCCUCGUCGUGCGCAGAGUGCUGGAGUGA